AUGCGUUCUCCAAUCAUCUUUCUCGUUGCAGCCCUCGCCGGCAGUUCCCUGGCACAUCCUUAUGCUGAAGGAUGGGCAAGCAACUCGACGACCACAACUACCACGUCUCUCUCGAGCAGCACCACGAGUGCUUCAACUACGAGCGUGAGCCCUAGCACUUCUUCGAGCUCGACGUCUUGCACCACGACACCCCAUAGCUCCAGCACGUCAACCAGCUCCGUCCCAACGACCAGUUCGACUUCGUGCACCACGACAUCGCAUAGCUCCAGCUCCAGCUCCAGCUCUGUUCCAACAACGAGCUCUACUUCAUGCACCACGACGUCUCACAACGCCACCUCGACCACCACGACGAAGAAACCACACAAGACAACCACGAGCGUUGUCACCACCACGACUCCUGCCACCAUUUGGACCACAAUUACCACCACAGAAUGGAUCACAAAGACCAAAUUCGUUCCAUGCUCUACUCCGGUGGCGACCCAAGGUGCAACCACAAUCUACACGACCUGGGUGACUGCUGAAACCUACACCACCACAACAUGCUAUCCUGUCACUAAACCAUGGCACCCAAAGCCAACUCCAGCUCCUCCUGCUCAGACCACGCCAGCUCCUGUCUGCCCUCCUGCAGUGACCAAGACGGUGACCGUGACUGUAACGCAACCUCCCAACAACGGUGGCUCCGGUGUCUACUAUCCUCCAUCUCAAUGCAACCACUGCCAAACCAUCACCUACAUUGAUGUUUGGGGUAUCACCUGCACCAUCGCCAUUCCAAACCCUCCUACUCCAACUUCCACUCUCGUCACUUCAACCAAGAAGUCCACCACGACUACAGUAGCCCCAACAUCGACCAGCACGAGCACGAGCACGAGCACGAAGAAGCACCACAGCUCGACAAGCACCUCGUCUGCUUCUAGCACUUCGACAACAUCUACCUCUUCCAAGGCAAGCACCACGACUACUUGGGCAUCGACAUCAUCAAGCACUUCAACCUCAUCAAGCGUUACCACCACAUCCGCAUCUACCACAUCGAGCGCUUCCACCACUUCCGCCUCGACCACAUCUACCUCUACUUCUACAACUUCAAGCGCACCAGUGACCACAACCACAUCGGCAGCAGUGACAACCACUCCAGCGGUCACGACCACUUCAGCCGCUGUAUCCACUACUACUGCUGCUCCUGUCUCGACCACCAGCUCUGUGACAGUGUGGUAA